AUGACUGUAAACAGAAGACAGAUGGAUCGUUCGCUGGAAAUUAGAAAACUCUCCCCAAGAUACAUAAGGGAGUUGGCUCAGAUACUGGAAACUCAUGAAUUGUGGAAGAGACUAAUGUCAAUUAUACCAAAGACACUGGAAAAGUUUAAUUUCGUGUGUAAUGUUACCUUAGAUAAUCCCCACAAAUAUAAUUCAGAACAUUUUAAGUUAAUAGAGAAUGCAUCGGAAAGGUACAGGAGAGCUUGUACUGAAAUAUUGCUGGACGAAUGGGGAACAUCAGGCAGAUUGAGACCGGUUCUAGGUCAUUUGCUGUACCUCUUAACACAAGCAAAAUUGUUUCGAGCUGCGGAUUACAUUGCUGUGGAUCUCCUAAAACAGGAGAAACAUCAAAGACCAAGCACUGGCCCAGAAGCUUUGAUACCAAUAGUAUUAUCUGAGCCUGCAAAACAGAAGGAUAAACAUCUGGAAGAGGUUGAAAGAUCAUUGGAUCAAAUCGGUUACCUUGAUUCUGCGUUGAUGUUAAUUAGAACUAAUUCCGAGAAGGCGGCUAGACAUCAAAAUGUGCCUUCAGUGAUAUCACAAAUAGUUAUAAGUCCCGAUAUCGAUGAAGACAAUCAUGGACCACAGUUCUCUGUGCCACUCGUCGUGCAAAGGGAAAGAAUCGAUUCAGACAUAAAUAAUGACUCUGAUAUGAUGAAAUUUUCGACAGGAUCUCAGUCAACAACCAGCCAAAAUUUGAACGAAACAAAAAAUAGGCCUGAAAUAUCACAAUUACUUAACGAAUCACCGGAACUGUCCAAUAUGAUAGAAUUUUCAUCAGAGACGGUGUCAAGUGGUAGCAUCAAUGAGAUUGAAUGUGAUAGACCUGAGAUUUCUCAGCUGCUUAAUGGGGUGUCAGAGUCAAACUUACCAAAUUUCGAUAUGAUGAAUNUUAUUAUAAAAAAAAUUUGUUAUUGA